UCUGAACAGUGGACCAUGUCGUGGAGUAAAUGCUACUGUGUGGCUGCCACCAUGCUAGUACUGGUGCGCUUUGGUGCGUUUGUCUUACUCGUUAUUUUCAUCGUAAACGACGUGAGGCCGGCAAUCCGUGGUCUGUACAUGCGCAGAACAACGUGUACCGUUCUGACGUCAGCUAUCUCGUCUGACGUCGUGUCGUGCGAGUGUCCGGGGGAGAUGAGGAGGGGUUGUACGUCAUCGUUCCCCUGUCUGAAGAUUAACGUGACGUUUGUCGGCAGGCACAGGCUCAACCUGACCGGCAUUCUGGUGGACAACCAGAAAAACAUGGGGUACAGAGGAGACCAACUGUGCUCUACAAGGCCUUGCAACAAGUACCGUUACGAUAACGUACGACGUGUGUUAGAUUUCCAGCGGUCCACGGGACAACCCGACCGGACCUUCCCCUGCUUCUUCGACCCUGGCGACCAAACGGAGGUGUUCCGGCAGCUUCUGGACGCGAACGGUGGCUAA